CAUCUGUCUACUUCGCAACAACGGUGAUACUGUCUGUGGGUUACGGCGACUUCACCCCCGGCGAUAUGUUCGACGUAGGUUGUGUGGCAUUUUUGAGCCUUUAUGGUGUUCUCUUGACCGGCUAUUGCAUUUCUGAAUUCUCGGCAGUGAUUACACAUUGGUCAAGAACAAAGACUGCAUUUUUGGAAAUUAUUUUAACCAUAGACAAGUUUAUGCUCGAAAAUAAUAUGCACCCAGCGAUCAAGGCGAGGAUCAUGGCAUUCUAUGAACUGCAAUGGCAAUAUAAUUCGGGCGUUGAAUUAAUGGACGAGAGUUGGCUAAAGAAAACAGUGGUGCCUUCAGAGCUGCGAAAGAAAGUUCUUCAUCAGGCGAGAUUCAAAACGUUAACGUCAAUUAGGUUCUUCCAAGUGAAAAAUAAAGCGUACAUUCACACUCUAACAGAAUCGGCCAGGGACAUUAUUCUUCCACCAGGCGAGAUAGUUUUCUAUGGAGGUACAAUCACAAGAGAGUUAUACAUAAUCGAAAGUGGUUAUUGUCUGGUGAAGACCAAGGAAACCAAGCGAGAACGUGUCAUUGGUCCUGGAAACCAUUUAGGAAUGCUUGUGUUACUGUAUGGAGUUCCAGCUGUGAGCACUGUGAUAACUUUAACACACUGCAAGUUCAUUAGCAUAAGCCACUUCGCAUAUACGUCAGCAUUGAAUCUUUUCCCAGAUAUGAGGGAACAUGACAAUCUGUUGACACAUGACGAACUUCGGAGCAUAGAAAUACUAGCUAAGAUGGAAAACACUGAUGCUUAUUUGAAACAUUAUAACAUUGAACAGAGACAUCUGGCUGGAAGGAUUACAAGUGUGUUGCAAGAUUAUUUUAAUGGGUCCUUUAUCAACGUAAAGGAAGAUUACAAGAAGAAAAAUAAAAAUUACAUGGAUUCUUUUAAGCAAUUCAAAGUAUUGAACAACAUUUCACCGUAUCUAUUGAUGCCAAUUACAAUAAAACCGGACGGCAUUUUCCUUAAGACCUGGGCAUUUUUCCGAGUCUUAACGGCAUAUUCCUUGAGUAUUAUAAUUCCAAUACUUGUCUCUUUAGCACCUACCUGUGGAAAAUUUAAUUCUAUAGUUGUGGUAUUGGAGGCUAUAUGCUACGUAGAUUUAUAUUUAAUGCUUCAUGUUGCCUUUUACGGUACGAAGAAUCAACUUAUAUAUCACCCAUACUUAACAGCGAAAAAUUAUCUGACCAGAUCGUUCAUAAUAGAUUUCCUCACGUGUUUUCCAUGGUACGCAGUCUGGAAGUUAUUCGCACCAAAACAUGACGAAGACCAUACGGAUCAGUCUCACUUGGUCAACCCCCACGUGUACCAUUGUGUACUCAGAAUGAUCAGUGUUCUGCAAAUUUACAAACUGCAUGCGGCGUUCUGGGCGGAGUCUAUUGCAGCUUUGAAAAGGGCGUAUCUCAUGAGUGUUGUACAGUUCCUGCUACUGACCUUAUUUUUCCUGAAUCUUUACACUUCGAUACUCAUAUCGAUGUCAUGCCAAUAUAUAAUUGCUUAUGAUGAAGAAGAUUUCAACAGGAAAGUAACGAGUAUGGCUCGAAAUGGACCCUUAAUGGAAUCAGUAUUUCAUCCAGCUGGAAACAUGAUUUGUCGAGCCGGUUCGUGGGUAGACAGUGCAAAGAUAUUCAAAGAUAAAUACCUGAGCCCGACCAAAGUAUAUCUCCUGGCGUAUUACUGGGCCGCUGCAAGUUUCACUGGCGCCGGGUUUGGUGACAUCACUGCCCAAGACACAGCCCACAUGAUUCUUUCCAUCUGUAUCAACGUACAAGGAGUGUUUUUCUUCGGUUAUGUUUACGCACGAAUUGCAUCAUUGAAGGCCGUUGCCGACCAAGUAGUCACAACAUUUCAAGAAAAUUUAAAACAUUUAGACAUGUUCUUGGUCAAGGAGAAAGUGCCGCUAUUACUUAAGAAAUCAGUUGUUGACUUCUGGAAAUAUCAGUGGAAAAGAACUGGAGGCUGGUCGCAUCAAAAAAUAUUGGGGAAACUUCAUGCCAACUUAAACGAAGACGCCGUAUUGUACAUGUAUGAGAAGACACUCAGGGAGAUCCCGUUAUUCGAGGACGUCGAGUACUCAUUCUUUAGAGCUUUCGCCAAAAAGCUGAAGGAGCAGUACUUUCAAAAGGGCUACAUGAUAAUGAGAUCUAAUGAGGUCAUACAGAAUAUGUUUAUCAUAUACCGAGGAAAGGUUGAUGUUAUAACGGACACGAAUGAAGUCGAGGCUUGUAUGGGCCCGGGUGGAAUAUUUGGCAAUAUAAGGGGGGCUGCCAAGUAUCUAACGAUGUCUAAUAUUGUUGCCUCGAGGAAUAUCGACUUGUUGUCCAUUGAGGGACAUGAAUUCUUCACUCUAUUAAAGAGUUAUCCAUCAGUAUUAAGAAAAGUAAGAUAUUCCGUCAAUUGCGCACCAAAAGAUUACGUUAUACCAACAGUUACUUCAGACAGAACCAGCUUAGAGACAGAAAUGUUUCCGGCAACGUACGAACCAGAUGACGACGAUAGUGAGGGAGAGCCGAACGUAUAUUUAGAUAGCCCUGAAAAAAGCAUCGCAGAAUCACAUGGGUCCAAGUCAAUAGCGUCCGGCUAUAGUGCUGAUUACAUUUCCGCAAUUCUUUUGCUGUUUAUGCCUCACAGAUGGUUUCGUAGUAGCAUAGUGCCAGACAGUAAAUGGAUGGGGUUUAUCGGUAUUUUUCUAAAGUAUAUCUACGAAGGCACGAUUUCUUGAUAAACUUACCAAUAUCUUACUUUGCGUUUGCCCUACAAUUGAAGCCCGACACACAAAUCGCUCUGUUCUGUUAUUUGCGAAGCCCACAGCUGUUCCGAAUAAUCCACUUAUUUACAUAUCGGCAGCAUAGAAAUGUUA